UUCAGCGUGUUCAAAUUCGUUUGUCUCAUCGACUCUUUUAUCGUCGGCGGUUUAUAUGGACUAGAUUUAUUGCGAUGUGUGUCAGUUUAAAGAAAUUGAAGUAUUAUAUUAUGUUAAAAUUAUGCGAUUUCUUGUAAUAGUUGUAGUUGUAAAAUUCUAGACAAUAUUCGAAGGAAGAUUUAUUAUAAAAAUUACAGCUAUGAGUGCAAUUACUGCACCGUUGUACGGAUUAGGAGCAGAAGCAUUUUCGAGCCUGGCAGUUUUUUUACCGACAUUAGUAGCAGCUUUGGCUUAUUUCCAAUAUGAACAAUUAGAUCCAGAGAGUAGACCUAUCGAUGUCCCCACCGAAGAAUUGCUGGACACCUACGAUUUCAUUGUCAUAGGAGCUGGAUCUGCAGGUGCUGUAGUAGCAAAUAGACUAAGCGAAAUAGAAAAAUGGAAUGUAUUAUUAUUAGAAGCUGGAGGAGAUGAAACUGAAAUUUCAGAUGUGCCUCUAAUGGCAGGUUAUUUACAAUUAUCCGCUUUGGACUGGAAAUACAAAAGCGAACCACAAGGACAAGCUUGUUUGGCCAUGAAUAACGGAAGAUGUAAUUGGCCGAGAGGAAAAGUGAUAGGCGGUUCGUCAGUAUUAAAUUACAUGUUGUAUUUACGAGGAAAUAAAAGAGAUUACGAUAAUUGGGAAUCUUUAGGAAACCCCGGAUGGGGAUCCAAAGAUGUUUUACAUUAUUUCAAAAAAUCCGAAGAUAAUCAAAAUCCGUAUUUAGCCAAGACUCCUUAUCAUUCAACCGGGGGGUUUUUAACCGUUUCCGAACCUCCUUAUCAAACUCCUUUAGUUUCCGCUUUCAUAGAAGGAGGUAAACAACUCGGGUACAAAAACAGGGACAUCAACGGACAGUAUCAAACUGGAUUUAUGAUGGCGCAAGGUACAAUUAGGAGAGGAGCGAGGUGUUCAACAGGAAAAGCGUUUUUAAGGCCUGUAAGGCUACGUCGAAAUUUGAAUGUAGCUAUGAAUUCACAUGUCACAAAGGUUCUUAUAGAUCCCAAAUCAAAAAUCGCGUACGGUGUUGAAUUUUACAGAGAUAAAAAAAUAUACAGGAUUCGAGCCAAGAAGGAAGUUAUCCUUUCUGCGGGAGCAAUAAACUCUCCUCAGUUAUUGAUGUUGUCUGGCGUUGGUCCAAAAGCGGAACUGAAUAAAUAUAAAAUUCCAGUGAUACAGGAUUUAAAAGUAGGACAUAAUUUACAAGAUCAUAUCGGACUCGGAGGACUUACAUUUCUAGUAAAUAAAGAAGUGACUGUUACAUUGGAUCGAAUAUACGCAGUUGGUCCUCUGAUGCAAUAUGCUGUUUUCGGUGGUGGACCCUUGACAAUUAUGGGUGGAGUUGAAGGAUUAGCUUUUGUUAAUACGAAAUACGCCAACGCUUCCGACGAUUUUCCCGAUAUAGAAUUUCAUUUCGUUUCCGCGUCAACUCAUUCCGAUAAAGGAGCUCAAAUUAAAAAAGCGCACGGACUCACAGACUCAUUUUAUAAUAAAGUUUUUAGACCCAUACAUGAUAAAGAUGCUUGGAGCGUUAUACCAAUGCUAUUAAGACCACAAAGCAAAGGUUACAUCAAAUUACGUAGCAACAAUCCUUUCGAUGCUCCAUUGAUUUAUCCCAACUAUUUUAUGGAAGAACAAGAUAUGAAAACUUUAAUAGAAGGUGUCAAAAUAGCAGUUGCUUUAAGUCAAACACCGGCUUUCCAAACUUACGGAAGUAGAUUUGUGGAAUUUCCUGAUUGUGCGCACUUUAAGAAACAUUCAGACCAAUAUUAUGAAUGUAUGAUAAGACUGUAUUCGGUUACGAUUUACCAUCCUAUAGGUACUUGUAAAAUGGGUCCCUAUUGGGACGAAGAUGCUGUAGUAGAUCCUCAGCUUCGAGUUUACGGAAUCAAGGGUUUGAGGGUGAUCGAUGCCUCAAUUAUGCCUAAUAUGGUGAGCGGUAAUACCAACGCUCCUGUUAUUAUGAUCGGCGAAAAGGGAUCGGAUUUGAUUAAAUCAUUUUGGAUGAAGACAAUUAACAGUGGAAAAAUCUUGUAUGGGGCUUGAUAACAAAA